CUGUAUGGUGCGGCCAGCCCGGCAGAAUUGGCUUGGCCAGCCGCUCCUUUUUGAGCCUUCUCCUAGGAGUCUGAGUGGUUUGGGAGGAGGAUUUGGGAAGCAGAGGAAGGAAGAGCUCCCCUCCCCUGUAGAGUGGGCUCCACCCACCUGGUCAUGUGUGUUAGUGGUCUCUCUGGGAGUGCGUAGUAGGAAGAACAUGGGCUUUGUAGCUCCGCAUCUCCCCUCUGCUUCCCGGCUACUUGUUCUCUGUGAGUUACUUUACCUCUGAGCCUCAGCCUCCUGCUCUGUAAAACUGGGUAGUGUCUCCGACCUUAUGGACUUGUGAGGUGUGAGAUGAGAACCCCUGCGCUCCUGUGGCACACAGUAGGUGCUCAGCAGAUACGAAUGUUCCUUCCCUGGCACUCUUGCUUCAAGCCCCUUUAUACCAUCUUGUCUGCUUCUCCAUGUCACAGAAGUGUUCCUGGUGGGGCUUGGGGUGAGUCAGUGAGUGGGUGAGGUGUGUGUAUUUGCACUAGUGUUCCUGUGUUCCUGGCCCUAGGCCUCUGGUGAGCUGUUCUUUCCUGGGCUCACUGGUGUCUCAAAGCAGAGCUUUAGCUGGGACUGGCCAGAAGAGAUGAUGUAAACAGGGAAAAAUGUGGGCAGGUCUUUCCAUACCAGUGCCUGGAGAUGUGGUACAAGCUGCACUCCAAGGCGGGCAAGAAGGAGAAGGAACGUGGGGAGAUCCAGGUCACCAUCCAGUUCACUCGCAACAACUUGAGUGCCAGUAUGUUUGACCUGUCUGUGAAGGACAAGCCGCGGUCCCCCUUCAGCAAGAUCAAAGACAAGAUGAAGGGCAAGAAGAAGUAUGACCUGGAAUCUGCUUCUGCCAUCCUCCCAAGCAGUGCCCUGGAGGAUCCUGAGCUGGGCAGCCUGGGCAAGAUGGGCAAAGCCAAAGGUUUCUUCCUCCGCAACAAACUGCGCAAGUCGUCCCUGACCCAGUCCAACACGUCACUGGGCUCAGACAGCACCCUGUCCUCAGCCAGCGGGAGCCUGGCCUACCAGGGCCCGGGCGCUGAGCUCCUCACCCGCUCGCCAAGCCGCAGCAGCUGGCUGUCCACCGACGGGGGCAAGGAUUCUGCACAGUCCCCCAAGCUGCUCACCCACAAAAGGACCUGCAGCGACGAGGCCAGCCAGAUGCGAGCAGCUCCCCCCCGGGCCCUUCUUGAACUUCAGGGCCACCUUGACACCGCCUCCCGCUCUUCUCUCUGUGUCAACGGCAGCCACGUUUACAACGAGGAGCCCCAGGGCCUCUUGCGGCACCGCAGCUCCAUCUCCGGCCCAUUUCCACCCUCCAGCUCCCUGCACAGUGUCUCUUCACGGCCCUCUGACGAGGGGCCUCGGUCUGCAGAUGACUCCUGGGGCAGAGGCAGCCAUGGCACCAGCAGCUCAGAGGCAGUGCUUGGACAGGAGGAGCUGAGCACUCAGGCCAAAGUUCUGGCCAUGGCGGCCAGCCACUCUGGAGAGGAAGAAGGAGCCCGGCCCCCAGAGGGGAAGCCAGUACAGGUUGCCACACCCAUGGUGGCCUCCUCUGAGGCUGUGGUGGAAAAGGAGGGACCCCGGAAGGAGGAGCGGAAACCCCGGAUGGGCCUGUUCCACCAUCACCACCAGGGCCUGAGUCGGAGCGAGUUGGGGCGCCGUGGCUCUCUGGGGGAGAAGGGAGGUCUCACCCUAGGAGCCUCCCCACAUCAUUCAUCCAGCGGGGAGGAAAAGGUCAAGAGUAGCUGGUUUGGCUUGAGGGAAGCCAAGGAACCAACUCAGAAACCCAGCCUGGACGUGUCUCCUCAGGUAGAACCUGACCCAGCUGCUCCUCCUCACCACCUCCCCUGCUCCCCCUGUGCUCCGGCCCCCCCUACUCCUGCUCCCACCGCUGCUCCCAUGCUAAGCACUAACCUUUUUGCAGCCGCCUCCCCUGCUGCUACCACUGCUGCUGCUGUCACCGCCGCCCCUGAAGCCACCCCAUCUGGAUUCUUGGGUCUCACCAACCCGUUCCUCACCUCCUUGCAGAGCAACCCUUUCUUCGAAGAACUCUUAGCCGACAUAGCACUAAACUCUCCUUCACCUGCUCCCUCUCUCCCCAGUGCCUCGAAGGCCAGCCCCACACCCCUGGCCUCCCCUGGGAAAGCCCCGCCUGAGUGGGAAGACACCUUCAGCGUCUUUACUGCCAGCAGGCUGCGUCCAGAGGCUAGGAGCAAGAUUCUGGCCCCUGCAGGAGUGGGGCUGGAGGCGACUGGGCUGCAAGACCCAGGCCCCGGGGCCAUGACAGUGAAGGCAGCUGAGCCCCAGGGAGACCCUGGGGGAGGAGGAAGAGGUGGGAGCAGCGUGUGGCUGGAACCCAGAGUUCCUCUGGACUUGGGACUGGAUCACCAGAGCACGAGUGUGGCCAACCUGGGGCCCCUCGGGUCAGUAGGGGCCAGCCUGACCUCCACGUCAGCCUUGCUACACCCACAAGCCUCAGACGCCGAAGCAGACAGGGAGCCAACGGUGCCAGGAGGGGAAGCAGGACAAAGUCCAGCAGACAGUGCGACAUCUCUGUUUAGCUCUCCAGAAGUGAUCAGUGUGUGGGAGAGGCUGCCUGGUCCAGAUGACGCCCCUAAGAGCCAGGAUGAGGAGGCCUCCAGAGGCGAGAGCCAGCUUUUUCAUGAGCUCAAUACCGUCGAAAAUUCGUGGCCUUGGGAUGUGGUCACCAUUUCUCCUGCAGCUGAGAUGUCCUCACCAAUCAUACGGGGAGAAGAGUCUGAUGAGCUGCCUCCUCCCCAGGUGCAGCCAGAGUCGCCAGAACCUGUGAGCCUCAAGGGUGUCCAGGGGCUUCCACCACUGGAGCUGGAGCCAGAGCCCACACCCGAGUGGGUGUCAGACAAGGGGCUGCAGCCCAGUACUCCACCUCCCAAACCACCACGCCUCUUCACGUGCUCAGAUUCUCAGGAGGAGGAGGAGGAGAAGCCUGCAGGGGGACUGAGUAGCAAGGGCACAGAGACAGGAGACGAAGACGCCUUCUCAAGUGCGUUGAUUGCUGGUCCCCAGGAGGCCAAGGAGGAGGGCAAGAAGCCAGGCUCAGAGUCUGACAGCUGUUCUUCGGGAACCUUGCUGGGUGAACCAAGCCUGGAAGAGCCAGUAGAGGAUGCUAGCCCUCCUGCGUCUGGGCGCUGCCUGUCUCUGUCCACCAGCUGCCCUGAGGGUCCUGCCCCCACACCCUGUUACUCAAAGAGCCUGGAUCCUCAGAGUCAGCAGAUCUGGGGGGCUUUGGAGAGAGGAGAAGGUCCCGAGGCGCCUGAGGCCCAGGGCCAGGGACCAGCAGGAGAGGAGCUUGGGCCCCUUCCAGGCAGCUCCCAACAGGCUGCUGUGUGGGCCUUGGAGGAGGAUGCCUUGAACCCCUUCUUAUCUCAUGGGAGCCAAGAUCCCCCCAGCCUCCCGUCCACAUCCCCUCCGGGGUCCAGGGAAUCGUCCAUCUACUCUGGCCCAGAAGAGCUGCCCACCCCACCAGAGCCAGCCUUUCCACCGCCCCCUCUCCCGCCCUGGGCCAGCCACCGCCAUGGGGGGCCCAGCCCUCCGUGCUCUCCCCUACCUGGAUCCUGGCCCCUGACCUCUUCCUCCCCGCCCCCCAGGGAGCCAGCCUCCCCCAAUGGGGGCUCCCCUGCCCCACUUGGGGACGACCACGCUGCAGCCACCCCAGCCUCCCCGCUUGUGCUUCUGCCCUUGGAGACACGACCAGCUGAGGAGCCACAGUCCAGUGCCAGUCCCCACCCUGUGAAGCCUCUCAGUGCAGCCCCUGUGGAGGGCAGCCCUGACAAGAAGCAGUCCCGCUCCAGUCUGAGCACAGCCCUGAGCAGUGGGCUGGAGAAGCUCAAGACAGUCACAUCUGGCAGUGUUCAGACUGUGGCUCCGGCACCCCAGGUUGGCCAGACUGUGGAUACCAAGAGGCUGAAGGAUUCAGGUGUACUGGACCAGUCGGCCAAGUACUAUCAUCUGACCCACGACGAGCUCAUCGGCCUGCUCCUACAACGGGAGCGGGAACUGAGCCAGCGGGACGAGCACGUGCAGGAGCUGGAGAGCUACAUUGACCGGCUGCUGGUGCGGAUCAUGGAGACCUCACCCACACUGCUGCAGAUCCCCCCUGGCCCCCCCAAGUAGCCUUCUUCACCCCCACUUCCCAGGAGGGUUGGCGUGGACCCUCUGCCUAGACAGGGCUCACACCCUCCCUACUGAACUCACUCACCUGGGGCAGGGUGCGGGCUGUCCUCUGUUGUCACCCCUUGCUCCCUCUUCCUCCUGCCUCAACUGAGGCUGCUGGAAUGGGGGGCCUUUGGACUCCCAUUGGAGAUGGGUCACUCUAUUUUCAUACCCCUUAGCUUUGGGGGCUCCAGGAAUUGGAACAAAGAAUUUAGCCCUCAAGACGGAGCAGGGGUGAGCUGCAAUUUGAUGUGGUAUCUGAGACAUACUUUAUUACCCCACAGGGAUGGUCAGCCAUUUCUUCCACAGCUAAACCCUUGUCUUCUUCAUCUCCCUCCAGCCCCUGGGGGGCUCCUAGUAUUAGUAUUACAGCUGUGGCAGAGACCAAGCUGCUCAUUUGUCUGUGCAUUAUGGGCAACCAGGGCACCUACUCUUCAGCCUCAUGUCCUUUCCCCUGAGAGCAAGGAACCUAUAUGGUCUAGUGUCGUGUCUGCUGUGUCCUGAAUCUGUCCAUUUCCAGCUGUUUCUGGAGCGACUGCAGUGCGGAUGGAGGGAGAUGAUAUGUAUUUUUCAGGUCACUCCCUGCCUUCCUCUUCUGAUUUUUCCAUGAGUGUCACAUGUGACUAUGUGGAGAGCUGGGGCAUGUAGGGGGAUAGCACCUCCUUACCCACUUCCAAGGUGUGGACCCCUCCAGGCCUCUGGGCUUUGGAUGGCUUACGUUUGGGAAUCAAACCUCCAUUCCUGUUCUCGUUGCCCAUCCAGAUGUCAAAACUCUGUGCUGCUACAGGGUUUGAACUUGGAAACAGAUUAAAAUGUGCCUUUUUGUGGGUGGGAUCAAAGGCCUCUGGAUGUAGGCCCCACCCCUUGUUUGGUAUGCUCCCCGCCCUCCCUCCCCACCACCCCAACACAUGGGGCUGGAUUUGGCAGCGCCCUGGGAUGAGAAUGGAGGAUGGGGCAGCUGGGUUUAGCUGUGUGUUCUGCCCUCCCCUAGAGAUAAUUUCAAUUAAGGAUCUGACCAAGCUGCUGCUGUUCCCUUAACCUUCCUGUUGUCUUCUCUUACUCUCUCAACCCCAAUUGAGGGGGGUCCUAGGAAAGAAACUACAUUCUGGAAGUGGGAGGUCACACUCUGCCUAUGCUUAGGAGAAGGACUUUGUUGUCCUCCCAUCCAUGCACUAUCUGCUGUCCCAGCCUGUCCCUUCUGCUCCAUGGCCUUGCCUGGCUUGGCUGCAGUGCACUUUGCAACGAAGUCUGUCCUUUAGCCCAGCCCUGGUUUGCUUUCAGAAAACACAGUAGGCUUCCCCAGGGCAUCUUCAGGGGACCUUUGGUGGCUUGGGGUACCCUGCCUUAGCAAAGUUGUGGGGAGGCUACUUUUGACCCAGUGAGGAGGUGAGAGCUCCUUUUGAGAUGGCCUCUUCUUCAUGAGUGGGCCUGUGUGGUUACUCUGUGGGGUUGGAAAGCCUUGGAAGGAGAUGUGCUCUGUGGGGGGAUGUCUUCUGCCAGGAUGAAGCGGAGGAGCCCCACAUAGGGGGGAAGCCCCUAUAACAUUAUCUACCUUAAGGACCACUCAUCAAAGUGAGGAAAGUGUCCACAGGUACCCAGGACUUGGGUCAUUGGUCAUGUUCUUUUGGGAUCAUUGGGAGUUGGAUGGGUGUCUCUUCUGGGGGAAGGGAGUCACUCUUCUACUAGGUAUUCCUCUGGGCUCUAUUCAGCCCCAGCCCUGACCCUCACUUUCCAUUCAUCCUUGAUUAUGGGCCUCUAAAAUUCCCAGGUCGGGGAUGUCUUUGAAAUAGUUUGAAGUCGAAGCCCAAGGUUCUCAUUGGACAUUUCUGUUCCUGGGCACAUGUUGGAGGAGGGCUGUGGAUGGGGUGGGCAGGGAGCAGGCACAGUUCUGCUUUGCCCUUCGUCUUCCUAGUUGUAACUCCUGUUUAUAAAAAGCUUGUUCUUCAUGUUUUGAGCACUUUAUGAAGAAUAAAAAGUUCAUAGACUGCA